AUGGCCUCCGACUUUGCAGUUUUCAAGACCAUGGGCACCCAGAUCAAGCAGAUGGCUGCCGGAUACGACCUCAUGUGGGUGGUGGAGGAUUUCGAAAAGAACCUCACGCGGGAGCUGGACUUCACCCUGGAGGCUACCAGCGGCGAGGAGACAGCGCGGCAGCUUGCCCACCGGAACCCACGAGUUUACGUGCCCAAGGUCUUCAAAGAGUUCUCUUCCUCGCGGAUCAUCGUCAUGGAGUAUCUCGAAGGUCUGCUGAAGGCCAACGAUCCGGAAGGCCUGCGGCGUGCAGGUCUGGAUGUGGAUGAGUGUGCCCAGCUCAUUUGCGACACAUUCGCAGAGAUGAUCUUCGUGCACGGACGCGUACACGCAGAUCCCCAUGCCGGGAACAUCUACUUCCGGGCAAUCGAGACAG